GCCCAUAUAUUAGUAUGACCCGACAUAAACUUCCAGUUGAUUCUCGCGAGAUUCCCUUACGUAGAAGUUGGUUUCGUCAAAAUGUCCUCGGAAACUCCUAUGGAAGAGGACCCCAGUCCACAGACAGAAUUUCAUUCGGGAGAAUUAUUAAAGACAAACAUUGAUGCUGAGAAUAAGAAAGCUGAAGGAAAUGCAUUUUAUUCAAAGAAGCAGUAUAAAGAAGCAAUACAGUGUUAUACAGAAGCCAUUGAUUCAUGUCCUAACUGUGCUGCUUACUAUGGGAAUCGUGCUGCUGCCUAUAUGAUGCUGAAUAGGUAUAAAGAUGCACUGCAUGACAUCAGAGAAGCACUUAGGAUUGACAAGGAAUUUGUGAAAGGUUACCUCAGAGAAGGAAAAUGUUACCUUGCUUUAGGAGAGCCCCAGGCUGCCCUCUGUAGCUUCAGAAAGGUCCUGGAACUGGAUCCAAACAAUGCAGCAGCAAAGACAGAUAUUGAAAUUGCAAAUGGAGUGAUGAAAUUUGAAACAAUGGCAGAAGAAGACUUUCAAAAAGAAGACUUCAGAAAGGCUGUAUUCUGUAUGGAUCAGUGUCUACAGAAAUGUCCAGCAUGUAUCAAGUUUAAACUGAAGAAAGCAGAGGCUUUGGCAAUGCUAGGCAGAUAUCAAGAGGCCCAGGAAAUUGCCAAUGAUGUGUUACAAAGAGAAGAUCCCAUGAACUCGGAUGCCCUAUAUGUGCGGGGUUUAUGUCUGUAUUAUGAGGAUAUGGUAGAUAAAGCCUUCCAGCAUUUCCAACAAGUUCUGAGGCUAGCACCAGACCAUGCCAAGGCAAAAGGAGUCUAUAAAAAAGCAAAGUCACUUAAAGCAAAGAAAGAAGAAGGCAAUUCAGAGUUCCGUUUAGGAAACUUGGAUAAAGCACAUGAUUUAUAUACAGAAGCUUUAGAGAUAGAUCCCCUUAAUAAUUCAACAAACUCCAAGUUAUAUUUCAACAGAGCUACAGUAUCAUCCAAAUUAAAUCAAGUGCAAGAUGCCAUAAAUGACUGCUCAAAAGCAAUAGAACUUGAUGACAUGUAUAUCAAAGCAUAUUUAAGGAGGGCAAAAUGUUACAUGGACUUAGAACAGUAUGAGGAAGCUGUCAGGGAUUACGAGAAAGUCUAUAAAAAUGAUAAAUCAAGAGAAAAUAAGCGACUUCUUCAAGAUGCAAAGCUUGAGCUGAAAAAGAGCAAAAGGAAAGACUAUUAUAAAAUCCUUGGUGUCUCCAAAACUGCUUCUGUGGAUGAAAUUAAAAAGGCAUACAGGAAGCGGGCAUUAAUCCAUCACCCAGACCGACAUAGUCAUGAUACACCCGAGAAACAAAAGGAGGAAGAGCGGAAGUUUAAGGAGGUUGGAGAGGCCUACUCUGUGUUAUCUGAACACACUUUUUUAGGAAAUAAACAGCGGUAUAACUAUCUUGAUGACUUAGAAGGACCUGGUGGAUUUGACCAUGUGGAUCCCAAUGUGAUAUUCCAGACCUUCUUUGGUGGUGGAGGAGGAUUUGGUGGUGGGGGUGGUUUCCCUGGUGGUUUCUCUUUCCAGUUCGGAUGAUCAUGAUUUUACAACAGCAGACAAGGGAAUUUGAUUAUGUACCGAUACACAGAGAGAAUCUGCCCACCAGUCAUUCACACCUUCAUAGAAAUAUAGGUCAGCCAGAUGUACACCUUGGUUGAGAAUCAUUUCAGAAAUCUGACAGUGUAUUUCAUUGUUAAUCUAUGUUAAUUCAUUAGGAAUCAUUGUCCUAUAUAAGGAAUGGCCUUUCCAGAUUUGUUUUUUUUUUUCAAGACUAGGAUUGUAAAUUGCUCACUUCUGUGCUGUCUCCAAUUUGCAUGCUUUUUCUUUUAUUUUUACUUUUAAAAACUAUUGUAUUAUUAUCGACAAAAUAUGCAUUCUCUCAUGUAUGUUUCUUCAGAUUGUAGAGCAAUUCUGAAACAAAGGCUGCACUUUCAUAAUUAUCAUUUGAAGCAUGCACUCAUCUGCUUUAUCUCCCUUGCCUUGCAUUGUAACAUAUUUCCUAUUGUACAAUGUACAAUGUGUGUCUGUUGGGCUCCGUGAGACCCAACCAUACACAGGACAUUAUUAUCAUUAUUGUACACUCAUGAACUGAACUAGAGGAUGUUUUAUGUUCGUUUUUAAACAUGUAUUGUGGAGUACUUGAAAAGAAUCAGAAAAUUAUAUUUUAAUCAAUGUUGCAUGUUAGUUAAAAAUCUGUUUUAUAUUCAGUAAUUUUCUGAUUUUUUUUUUUAGAAAAUAUUUCAUAGUAUUUCUUUACCCAUAAUACAAAAAAGUACAUAUGUAUCAAAUGUAUUUUAUGGUGUUCAUUAUCUUUGCUUUUUGAAGUAUCCAUUGAUCUUAAGGUUUUGUUACAAAUUAGGAGUAUUGAGUAGGAAUGAGUAUGAAAGAACGGGAGAAAGAAUAAAGUGAAAAUGAACAUGUACAUUUGUUGUAAAGUUACUUGAUGAAUGCUGUGAUUAUUGCAAUGUUUUUUUGUUCAUAUUUAUGUAAUGUAAAUCUGAGUUGUGUCAACAAGGUCUAAUAAAAGAUCUCCUUUGUCUA